AGUGCUUCUGAUCCUGAUACACGCACUCAACCCAUCUUGUCUUGUUUCUGAUAUCGCAACACCUUAUCGUCGUCGACCACCGUUCGAAGUUUGGAGAGGAAUUCAUAAUGUUAAUGUCUAUGGUGUCCCAUCUGCUUUGUGCGUGGUUCGCGUUCCUACUGCCAAGCUAUUCUACCUACAAGGCGCUCUCCUCUCCUUUGUCCGGUGAACUUCAGAGCCUUUCAAUGUAUUGGGCUGUCGUUGGAGCUUUUAUUGCGAUCGAGUCGACCAUAGGCCCAUUCGUAUCAUGGCUGCCAUUUUAUUGGGAAACACGAACCCUUUUCUUGCUUUACCUAUCUCUCCCGCAAAUCCAGGGUUCGACGUACAUCUACAAAACCUACCUUGAACCAUUCUGCUCCAAGAAUGAGGCAGAGUUGGAUUCCAGCAUUGCUUCUGCUCAGAACAACGUCCUUGGUUUCCUUCAGUCGCGCAUUUCUAUGCUCAUUGACCUCUUGUGGACCAUCUUGAACAAGACUCCCAUCACUAAACAACCUCAAGCUGCAAGGGAAGGCCAACCUGUACAACAGCCCUACUCCCUUGAAUCGGUGAAGGGGCUUUGGACGUCUUAUGGUCCUACCAUUAUGGGAGCAUUACCAAAGUCUUCCACGAAACCUAGUUCCUCUCCCGAUACUGUUGCGAAGCAGGCUACAUAUGCCAGUGGUGCUGACGUCAAUCAUGAAGACUCCUGAGGCACGCUCAGAAUCCACCUUAAAUCCAUUUUGUUGAGGUAUUUCUAUCAAAACUCAUCGAAGCACGGAUAUUCGUUUUUUAUUUCUUAUUCUAUCAUUUCAACAAGAAUGGGUGGUAUGUGUAUAAGGUAGACUGUGCGUACUAUACAA